AUGGCGACGCGACGCAAGCGUGAUCUGAUUGAGCGUGUGCGGUACCCGAAUCCGCUGCCUGCGUUGCCGCAUGCGCCGAGGCUCACGAGGAUCCCGGAGCCUGAGCCGAACUAUGUGUCGCCGAUGUACCUGCAACGGAUGGCGGAGUCGCUGCAGCUGCCUCUGACGGUGGAUGCCGAGGCGGGCAUGCCCUUGGACCUCGCGCGACUGGAAUACCUGUGGCUGGAAGACGGCACGCACCCCUCUGAAAUGGACGGCGUGCUGGAGUGGGACAAGCUGGACGAAGAUGAUGCCUUUUUGUUGUCGGAGGCGGGCAUGCAGCCGGCCGAGGCAGAAGAUCUGGCGCCGCAGAGUACGGCGCAGGCGCAAGCAGCGAGCGUGACGUGGCUGCGUCGUACAGAGUACCUCGGUGCCGAGCAGCGGAAACAAAAAGCCGAAGCGAAGGCUGAGCACGAGGCGCCCAGUCACGACACGUCUCGGCCCGCGCAGAUUGAGCGCAUCCUGCAUGGCUUUGACGCGGCCAAUGCACCGCUGGCUACUUUGCGGCAUCCAAGCAAGCCACACGUGCACGCCGUGGAAGCAUACGAGCUGCUGCCUGAUCCAGAGACAUGGACGACGAGCUUCCAGGUCGUGCGCUUCGCGAGUGCCUUGGGCCGAGCGAAUGAUCCACGAUGGGAUGCCGCCAUGCUGCGCCCCGUCACAGACCCCAUCACCGGUAAGCAGCGUGUGUCUAUGUACUUGACCUGCGCCGAUACAUUGCCGCAGUACGGAGAGCCUGACGUGGUCGAUGCAGAGGAGCUCGAUGCAGAGACGCAGCAGAGGCGUCAAGAUACAGCAGCGGCGCGAUUCAAAAAGCGCCGUCGCCUUGGUACAUACCCCCGCGUCCCGUGGCUCGAUGGCGAAGACGGCGGCGAUGCGAAUGUAUACGGCACGGGAUUCCGUCAUGUGCGUGAUUUUGAGCCGAUGGAGCAGCCGGUGCCGACAGACCACCUGCUCGCCGUGGUCAUGGACGACGAAAAACCUGAUGCAGCCCCUGAACUGGCCCAUGUACAAGCCGACGCGCCGAUCAGUGCUCAGGAUGAGGAGGAGGAUCUGUUUGGGGACGAAGACGAGUCGCAGAAGGAUGUAUCGACGACGCUUCCACCCCAGUCCGAGGCAGAGCGUGCUCGGCAGCAGCAUGUCGUGGCGCCAGCAUCGCAGGGCCGCAAAGUGGCGUACUAUCACCACAUUGAUAUGCGGUAUGGUCUGCAAAUCCGUCGCGCACGCAAGACAGAGCAGCGUCUCCUUGUACCAUACGAAGGAUUCUGGCACCGCAUGAUCGUGGGACACCGGCCCAUGACGGAGCGCGAGUUGACAAAGCGCCUCUUUCUUCGCGACGGUGUCGACAAACUCAAUCUCGAAGGCUUGGAGUACGUCGAGAGUGAGUCGGAGGACGAGGCAGAGGCCCACAACCAGGAAGAAGGCCAUGGCGCGCCCGAAGAGGACAACGACCAGGAAGACGGCCGUGGCGCGCCCGAAGAGGGCGAGGAAGCUUUGAUGGAAGACGCAGCUGUGCAUGUACAGGAGCGAGAAGAAACGGGUCACGAGGGUCCCGAAGAGACGAAGGAGGACGAAGGCGAAGAACGCGAGGAAGAGGAGGAUGGCCAAGGAGAGACGGCCGACGAAGGCGGCGAGGACGACGCCGACGAAGAAGCCGAUCUCGAAGUCGAUGCCGACGAACUGGCCGACUUGCAGGCCGAAGCCGACUUGCAUCCCGACGACAUGCCUACCGAAGGUCGGCGGCGGCAUACAUAG